AUGUGGAGCUUUGAAACAGGAGCAGAGAAUAGCCUGCAUACAGACUUGACAGAAGCCAUUGGUGAGGUGAGAGAACAAGUGGACAGUGGCCAACAUACUGACCCAGCCACAGCAGAGGACAGCCUGCAUGAGAACUUUGGAAAGGUUGAACCAGUGAUGGUUCCAUAUGAAACAGUUUCUACUAAAGAAGUGAAUGUCCAGGAAGAAAUUGUUGGCAAACACAAUGCUCUCAGGAGGGGAGUAAUUCCCAAAGCCAGAAACAUGCUGAAAAUGGAAUGGAAUGAAAAUGCUGCACAAAAUGCCAGAAAUUGGUCAAAGGAGUGUAAGCAGGAACAUAGUCCCCAAUUUAAGAGGGUGAUUACAGACAGUUUAUGUGGAGAAAAUUUGUUGUUUGCCUCCCAUCCCCUUUCAUGGUCUGAUGUAAUCCAGAUGUGGUAUGAUGAGUCAAAAAACUUCACAUAUGGAUCUGGACCAACAAAACCAGAAUCAGUUGUUGGCCACUAUACUCAGACUGUUUGGGCCACUUCUUAUAUGAUUGGCUGUGGUGUCACUCAUUGCCCCAAUCAGGAGACAUUUAAAUAUUUCUAUACAUGUCACUAUUGCCAUGGAGGAAAUAAUGUUGCAACUCUUGCUACACCUUAUAAGAAGGGGAUCCCAUGUGGAGACUGCCCUGGCCAAUGUGAAGAUGGACUUUGCAGUUGCCUGCGGGAAGCACUAACACCAUCUUUCCCACCUACAUGUUUACCAAGAGACUAA